AUGAUCCAAGUUGGGAGUCAUGUAAUAAUUCAAAAAAUGGGUGGUGAACAUAUUCGAGUGUGCAAGAUUUCUCGGAGGGCGAAGAUUUUGAUUGAGAAAUUGCGAUUUGAAAUCGAUGGUGCAAUUGACCAGCCAUAUGGAUUGUUUGAGGCAGAUUGUGCUACAAGCUCAUCGCCCAAAUCAAAUGGCGUCACUAAUACUGCGGUAGUUUCGAAAUCAUUGACCGAUGAGAUAGGAAACGUGAAUAUAGCUCAAGCAAGGCAGACAGUUACGCAAGACGAAAUCAUUAAAAUGAAAGAUACAGGCGUACCUGCGGAGCAGUUGAUUGCCAGAUUAGUCGAUGGUAGCACAUCAUUUUCAGAACGGACAAUUUAUUCACAAAAUAAAUAUAUCAACAAAAAAGCAAAGAAACACUCCGAUCACGUUUAUCUUUUGAGACCGACGUUACGUCUUGUUGCUGAAUCUUAUUAUAAGAAAGAUCCUGAAAGGGUUGCACAUCUUAGAGUGGAUUUGUUGUCUCAUAUUUUGACACUAAGUGGUAUUCAUUCUGGUUCACGUUGUAUUGUUUUUGAUCAGUGUUUGGGUUUGUUAACGUGCGCUGUAUUAACUCGUCUUGGUGGUUCAGGAGCUUGUAUUCAUUUGCAUCGCGGAAGUAUAGCACAAGCAAUACCAUGUGUUGAUAGUAUGGAUUUUGAUAAAAAAACAAGUUCGGUUUUUAUGCCGCUGUGCAUAUCCAGUUUACUGAAAGGAUGCGAGGAAAAGCUUGACGAAAAUAAGGAUUUUGCUGUGAAACAUUUACCCACAGUUUGUCGAAAUGAUAAGUGUCUAGAAAAAGAAAUGGAAGUAGGUGAGGAAAUCUUGAAUGGGAAAGAGGAAAUUGCUGACAAACAAAGAAAGCAGGAAGAUAGCAAAGAUGUCGAAGUGAGUGUUGGAGUGGUGUUUUUCUGUUCAUUCUGCAAUAUUGUGUCUGAUCCCUUUGAGAAAAAAGCAGAAAGACAGCGGUUGCAACGCCAAGCUUGGCAGCUAAUGCAAAAUGCCGAUAUUGAAAUAUUAUUUAUUGCUACUAGAAGUGUAAAUCCAGUAGAUAUCUUGGAGCGAACAUGGUCAUCGUUACGAUUAUCGUCAACAGUUGUUGUUUAUUGUCCAUUUGCUGAGGAUCAACUGUUCAUCUUUUACUGUGUUAAUCAGUAUUUGAUUUUUAAAGAUUUUUAUAAAGUUUUAGAUCUAUCCUACUUCUGUUCGCUUUUGCAGCCCCUUUUCUGGACGUACCAUUGGUUAAAGUCGAAGAACGCGGUUCAGGUGCAUGUUGUGGACGCAUUCUAUCGCAGCCAUCAAGUACUACAAGAUCGUUCUCAUCCAAUUAUGCAGCAGUUCAUUACAGGUGGUUUCAUACUAUCUGCCAUCAAAGUAGAACAACGAUGUUGA